UCUAGUUCGCCUGUCCCGUCCAAUAAUAUUACACCCGGAGACAGACUGAGAGGGAAUGCGGACGACGGAAUGUUACUCCAGAGUCCAGACUACUACGUAGUACUCCGUAGCUUUUUCAUUGCAGUCGAAUGCUUCAACUUCUAUUCAAUCUUCAAAAAUCAAGAAAGCAGCUCAUCAAGAGCGUUCAUUUCCUUCUCCCCCAUUUCACUCCUUUCCUACCAUAUAAUUGUCCGUUUCCCUCCUUUACCCACGCUUGUGCAUCAGCUACGAAAGCCACCAUCAAUGAAGCAACUUCGAUUAACUUUCAUGGCAUUGCAAAACAUGUGAUAUCAAUAUGUUCACCUCUCUGUGACAGCAGCAAACGCGAGACCUCAGUCAACUCUUAUCUCAAAGAGUGCCUCCUUUCGCUUUCUUGUAUUUCCCCCGAAACUGUUCGCAAAUUCUGGAGAGUUCCUGUGUUAAAACCUCAAGAUGUUCUUCAAAUUUUGCUGGCUUUUCAAUGUCGUGGAGAUAAUUUUCAGCUCGAGGCUAAAAAGAUUGAAUCUUUAUGGGGGAUAUUUAGGCGGGCUGGUGAGCAGAGUAAGGGUUUUGGGCAUCUUCCUCAAUCUUACAAGAUCAUGGCCUCAUUGCUUGUCCGGGUUCAGCUGUUUGAGGAGGUUGAAUGCUUGCUUUCGGUGGCUGGAACUAGGGGAAUUCUCUUGGAUGAUCAUGAAAUUUUCAGUAAUUUGAUUCAAGGGUAUGUGGGUGAGCUCCAAUUAAAGAAGGCUGUUUCAAAUUAUGAUAGAAUGAGAAUUCUAGGUUUAUCCCCGUCCUCUCCCUGCUAUCAACACCUUCUUGAGUUCUUGGUUCAAUUAAAUGUGACACAUUUGGCGCCUCAAAUCUUUGCUGAUGCUAUAGAGCUCGGUCUGGGAAAGAUAGUAGCAGAAGGGUGUAUUUAUGGGGGAGUUGUUCGGAUGUUGUGUCUAGAAGGAAAAGUUCAGGAUGCUAGAAAUCUUGUUAAGAAAGUUCUAGCUCAUGGAUUUAAGCCCACUGAUAUAGUUCUCAGUUCAAUGGUCAAUGCAUACUGUGAGAAGAAGGAUUAUGAUGAUAUACUUAGUUUCUUUGUUGAAGCAAGAUGCAUCCCUGAUUUUCAUGUUGGCAACAAGAUCAUGCAUUCUUUGUGUUCAUGUUAUGGUUCAGAUUUUGCCAAUUCGUUCCGCCUGAAGCUGGAAGGACUAGGUUUUUGUUCCAAUGAAAUAACCUUUGGGAUUUUGAUUGGUUGGAGUUGCCGUGAAGGUAAAAUGAAGGAUGCCUUCAUUUAUUUUUCUGAGAUUCUGUCAAGAAAUCUGAAACCUCAAAUAUAUUCAUAUGACGCUCUUUUGAGUGGGUUUUUCAAGAAGGGUAUGUGGAAGCACUCUCAAGAAAUUAUCUAUGAAAUGAAGGAUAGGGCAGAAGCGCUCCAUUUGUCAACUUUCUUGGUUCUCUUAGCAGGAUACUGUAAAGCUAGACUCUUUGAUGAAGUCAAAGCAACAAUUUCCCAGAUGGCAGAUUGUGGUUUCAUCCAACCAAUAUCGCUCGAAGACACACUUAGCAAAGCUUUUGCACUGCUGGGACUUGCUCCUUCUGAUGUGAAGAUAAGAAGAGACAGUGAGUUUGGAUAUUCUAAGGCAGAAUUUUUCGAUAACCUUGGGAAUGGACUUUUUCUGGAUACAGAUAUCGGAAAGUAUGAGACUACUAUGACUGAAGUACUUGACAAUGCCAUGCUUCCAGAUUUCAAGUCCCAAAUAUUGAAGAGUAUUGGGAGUAAUAAAGACAUUAAAGAAGCUAUUGUAACCGUAGACAAUAUGGGUAAGUGGGGUCAAAUGGUGUCCCUACCUUUGUUCACAACAUUAGUCAAAGGGAUUUGUGAAUGUCGUGGCAGUAUGAAAACAGUUAUCCAUUGUUCAGAGGAAAGCCCUAUCUUUAACUAUCAUCAGCUUGAUCAUGAAACGUUAAAUACACUUGCUCAGGCUUUUGGUAAAAAAGGUUUCAUGCUCAGGGCUAGAAUAAUUGUUAAAGGAUUGAUGAUGAGGCAUCAAAGUAUUGAGAAUAUAACACAUACUGUCCUGUUAAUUGGGCUAUGCAAGAAAGGCGACCGGAGAGCUCUAGCUAAUUACUGGCAGCUUGCACAAAGAUAUAACUGGUAUCCGGGUUUGAAGGAUGGCAAAACUCUUCUCAGUUGCCUAUGCCGACAAGGAUUUCUUGACAAGGCUCUAGAGCUAUUUGAGGUCAUGUUAGUGCACUACCCUCACAAGGAAGACUUUGGUAAUUCUUUUAAUGAGUAUUUUGAGCAGCUUUGUGCCCGUGGGUUUACAAACUCUGCACGUGUUUUAGUCGAGACACUUAUAAACCGUGGCUACAAACCUGAUGACAUGUCUUAUGGCCAUCUUAUCAGUGUCCUCUGUAAAGAGAAGAAAUUUUCUGAAGCUUUUUUGAUAUCUGAAACUAUGCUUGCUAAGAAUUUCCCUCUGCCCUUGGAUGUAUGUAAUGUUUUAAUUCCAUGGCUAUGCAGGACUGGUAAGAUCGAGAAAGCUGUCUUUUUGAAAGAUAUUGUCUCAAAAAAACAACCUUCUGCUUUGUUUUAUGUGCACUGUGCUCUAAUGCAUGGUUUUUGCCAGUCUGGGAUGGUAGAUGAAGCAUCAAACCUCUACCAAGAGAUACAUAGACAUGGGCUGUCCUUUGACAUGGAAGCCUAUAAUCCUCUAGUUCAGGGGUACUCUAAAGCUAAAAACUUCAAGAAAAUCGGAGAGCUGCUUGGUGUCAUGAUCCGUAAGAACUUGGAUCUUACACUUGCAAGCUAUCGAAGUUUAAUGAGCCUUAUGUUUGCAGAAGGCAAGCUCUGUCUUGCACUGAGCUUGAAAAAGGUUAUGAUUAAGCAAAACAACCUCCCACACUCAGUGAUAUAUAGUAUACUGAUUUUUCACUUGUUUUCAGUGAAAAAAACUUCAGUUGUGAAUACACUUGUGUAUGAAAUGCAUCCCCUUGAAGAAGUGACUUACAAUUUUCUCAUUCAGGGAUUCUCCAUGUGUCAUGAUGCAAAAUGUUCAUUGCGAUAUCUGAAAGACAUGAUGCGAAAAGAUCUGAAGCCAAAUAACCGUAGUCUUAGAGAGGUUAUAAAAUGCCUUCUCUGCAAUGGGGAUCUAGAAAAAGCUCUUGACUUGAGCAAGGAAAUGGAAUUCAGAGGUUGGACUCUUGGUUCACUUACUCAGUAUGCUAUGAUUGAAGGCCUUCUUGCGCAUGGCAACCUCAGUGAAGCCAUAGAGUUGUUGGACCGUAUAGCACAAAAAGACUUAAUCCCAUCGAAAAUAAACUAUGAUGUUCUUAUUAAGCGUUUUUGUCAGCAAGGAGAAGUAUACAAAGCAGUAGAUCUUCUGAACAUAAUGUUAAAGAAAGGGAAUGACCCAGACACUGCCAGUUUUGAUUAUGUUAUUCAGAGUUUCUGUUCUUGUAACAUUUUGGAUCAAGCUCUGGACUUUCAUGCUGAGAUGUUAUGCAGGAACCUAAUACCAAACAGCAACACUUGGAACAAACUUACCCAUAGCUUAUGCAAUGGAGGACGAGUUGCGGAGGCAGAAAUGUUAAUCCAUUCCAUGGUUCAGAUUAGCAAGACCCCAAGCAGGGAAAUGUAUUGUGCUGUAGUUAAUGCGUACCGGUUUGGGAACAAUUUUAUCAAAGCAUCCCAUGUCUUACACACAAUGCAACAAAAUGGGUAUGAGCCUGACUUUGACACUCACUGGGCUCUAAUAAGCAAUUUGAGCAAUUCCCGUGAUGAAAAUACGGGUCAAAGCAAAUCUGGAGGAUUUUUAUCAAGAUUUCUUUCUGAAGUUGGUUUUUCUCGGGAGAUUCCAAAUGCCAAGAAGGGGUGACAUAGUAAAAGAGAAGCUUGAACUGACUUGGGAAGAGGGAAACAGAAUGGUUGAGAUCCUUGAUACCCCCAAUGUCCCAUACCUUUGUGUGGCUGGAUUCUCUGGAUGGGAAACAUAAUAGAGGAGAAUGUGCUGUGGUGGGUGUUUGCAUGAUUGGUGGUAGGUACAGUGCUCAUUUCUCGAAAAUGUAAUAUAUUAAAGCUUUCAGACGUGUAGGGACUAUUUAUGUUUCAAAGUGAGCAGUGGAGUAAAGCAUUUUUUACAUUCUGGAUGAAAAGGGGUAAGCAAUUGGAUGAGAAUGUGUUUAAAGCAUUUUUGAGUUGGAUGGCGAUUUCUGCCAUUGCGCUGUUUUUUCAUUCCUGUUUUUGGGAGAUAACUUUGACAUUGUUUUUUAUCUGCAUUGAAAUUGUACUCCAGGAUAAAUGUUUUGAAGUGUUUAGAGAGUUCUACCAAACAAAAACAAAGCACAGGAAGCUUCUAUAGAUAUACUCACUGGGUUGUAACACAAGCAGACACUUUGAGCAGAAAGCCAUAGUGUUUGUUGAUUGUGACUAUUUUCCAGGUUCAUAAAGAGUGCAUACUUUCAUAAAUUUAUUUAACCUUUAUAAAUGCAAAUUAUCAGGAGUCCAUAAACAAUUAAUAUUAGUGUGCUGAAUAUACCAUCUCAGUUGGGAGGUAUUUGGUUUCACAUUACAGGUAUAGGUGUAUAUAUUAUGAUGAAAGAAUCGCGAAUUUAUGGUAAGUCAUUAUGUGAGCCUAAUAAAAAUAAGUCAAUGUAUGAUGCUUUGGGUUUGAUAUGGACGAUUUUAGUAUGGGAAAGUGUUUUGGGCCCAUGUUCCUUUUUUAUUCAAGUAAAAAAAACUUCUCAGAAUCACUCCAAUUUUACACAAUCUUCUAGCAGAGUGAUCACUAAAGCCUGAUCACUAACGGCAGUUUGAUAGACUAUGUAAUCUGCCGUUGAUUGUAUCUUUCCUUUCACUAUUACUGUUUUUUUAGACAGUAAAAAACCUUGAGUGAACCCCACAAAAGUUAGCUAAAUACUUUUUCCUAACAAUGAAUUUCAAUGUCAUUAAACUAUAUUCUACCACAUGUUUUUUAGCAAAAAACACAUGUUUUUAGGCUCCUUUAGACAAUAACCCAAAUAUGUUAGGUUUACACCGAACAUCUCUAUAUUUGGUUUGACUCACAGAGAUUGCAGUUUUUGAGAUUUAAUAUCAAUUUUAAUUUACAUCAAAAGUCCAACGUUUAUUUUGUAAUCUUAGAACAUAAUAAAGUACUUAAGAGGAUAUACAGUUCUCACAUAUCAUGUUUGAUAAACUAUGCGUCUGUCCAUGUUUGCUCCAAUUACUUUUUCUAAAUGCAACCAGUUCUGUAUGUAAGAUAAGAUACUAUAACAUAAAGUACAUUGUAACAACAAUAUUACAACAAGCUCACCACUGAUUACAUAUAUGUGCAUAGUCAUUCUUUUGUCCUAUCAUCAGUUUCUAUACACAACUCAACAAGAUGUUGAGACCUCCUCUCUCACACCAUCACAGUAAAAGCAGUAAACAAUAAAUUUCACACAUCAUUUAAUACUUUUGAAGAUCCUUCCUAUAUAUAUUCUUCACCAAUCACCAUCAUCUCAUUCAUCUCACAACCUGCUGGCUGCUGCAUAGGAGGAGGAGGAUAGAGAUCCUUGCAACCAUUCUUCAUCCUAUUAUCUGCUCCAGCACUUCUUCUCAUUGUCAAUGACCCAUGGCAGCGAAGAGGGAUUGAUGUACCGCGACAGGGUUGUAAAUCCUGGGAUGAAUGUUACUGUUGUUAUUAUCAUCAGCAUAUUGUGAUGAAGAGGAAUUAUAUGUUCUUCUGCUGAAGCUUAUUAUGUUUUGCGUUAAUGGACUCAUAUGUUUUGCGUUAAUGGACUCAGUUAGUGUCAUGUAGUUUGGUAUGUUGUUACUCGGCAGCACCUCUUCUUCUCGCAAUGAAGAAGACAUCAGUGAAUGACUGGUGCUGUCAUUGUUAUACAACUGAUGCCAGGAUGGCAAUGAUGAUGAACACAGCUGAUCGGAUGGUGGGGUUGCUUCUUUUGCUGCUGAAAUCUUUGUAGACAUGUUGUUUCUCGUGAUUUUGACAGAAGAGCUAUUAGUGUGUUCUUUUAUUCAGUGAUGUCAAUAGCGGCGCACUAGCGCGCUAUCCCGGAAUAGCGGUGCGGCAGACAUGGAAGGCGCUAUGUGGAGGGCUCUAGCAUAGCGUUUGGGUGUAGCGGCCAUAGCGCCCGCUAUUGCAGUGGGGCGGAGAAGGGUAUGGCGGCCGCUAACGCGACGCGUUUUAUGGGAAAGAGGUUACUACGCAGACAUAGAAGGGGUUUUAGCGUUUAAUUUUUU